AAAGAUGGCGGCCGUGCCCCAUUCCUUCCUGGGGCGGUGAAGGAAGGCGGCGGGAUCCCGGAUGUGUGCAGCCCCUCCUCCUCCACCGCCGCCCCCCCCGCCCACUCGGGAGGAGGUGCCGGUUACCCGGAUGUUGCUCCUGCUCUAGCGGCAGCGGCCGCCUCCCUCGGACGGGGAGAGAAGCUGACGGAUCCAAUAUGGCCGCCCUGAUCCUGAGGAGAGACCCCAUGUUCGAAUCAGUGCAGUAGAGCGGAUAUAAACAAGACAAGAAGAGCUUCAAAUUAAGGGUUGCAGGGCUGCGAACAGCCCCCCAAUCCUUUGGAAUUGGGUGGCACGUGGUGGGAUCAGCCAUCGUGCAGGAUGGACACCUUGAAACGGAGUCGAGCACAAGCCUGGCCAGAGGAGACUGGGGACAGAGAGCAUGGACUCUAUAGUUUGCACCGCAUGUUUGACAUUGUGGGCACUCACCUGACCCACCGGGACGUACGUGUGUUGUCCUUUCUUUUUGUGGAUGUGAUUGAUGACUACGAGAGAGGGAUGAUCCGCAGCGGCCGGGACUUCCUGCUGGCACUAGAAAGGCAGGGCCGCUGUGAUGAGACCAAUUUCCGCCAGGUGCUGCAGCUGCUGAGGAUUAUCACGCGCCAUGACCUGCUGCCCUAUGUCACGCUGAAGAGGAGAAGGGCUGUGUGCCCAGACCUCGUGGACAAGUACCUAGAAGAGACGUCCAUUCGUUACGUGAUGCCCCGAGCUCACAGCGACGCAGAGCAUGGUCUCGCCCCGCCCCACAAAUCAGUGCCUCCCCAUCACCCUGUGGUCUGCCGCUCCUCCGCUGGACCUCCAAUCUGUACCAAGAGGCCUGGCCGUGGGAGAGCCCUCCUCAGUAGCCAGCAUAAGAGGAGGAAGUCAAUGACGCCAGAUCCUAAAGAGAAACAGACUUGUGACAUCCGCCUGCGAGUCCGAGCCGAGUACUGCCAGCACGAGACGGCGCUCCAGGGCAACGUCUUCUCCAAUAAGCAGGAUCCCCUGGAGCGGCAAUUUGAGCGCUUCAACCAGGCCAACACCAUCUUAAAAUCCCGGGACCUGGGUUCGAUCAUCUGUGACAUAAAAUUCUCAGAGCUCACCUACCUCGACGCCUUCUGGCGCGACUACAUAAACGGCUCUUUGCUGGAGGCCCUCAAGGGUGUCUUCAUCACGGACUCGCUCAAGCAAGCUGUGGGCCAUGAGGCCAUCAAGCUGCUGGUCAACGUGGACGAGGAGGAUUACGAGAUUGGGCGCCAGAAACUCCUGCGGAACUUGAUGCUGCACACGGCCCCUUGACCCUCCCCCGGGCUUGGCCUUGGCGGCUCUUUGGGAGCCAAUCGUUUCAUUUCAUUUUUUUUAAAAAGGAAAAAUCAUUUAAAUACCCACCGUACACCCCCCCCACAACACCACCGCCCCCCAGCAAACUCCUGCCACGUGCUGUGUAACUGUAGGACCUGCCUGAGCGGGAGGAGGGCUAUGCUGCCACUUAGCCAGCUCUCUGGUGGCCCCAGCCCAGCCAAGAGUACACGAUACCUGGGGCAACCUGGAAAGCAACUCCCUGCUCUGCUCCAGGAGCCUGGCCGGAGGACGCCGAACUGCCCAGCGGUAGGAGGAAGGAAGAGCUACCGGCAGGAGCGCUGGGUGCUCACCUGUCCUGUCCUCCCCCCCGGUUCUCUUGUGCUGGCUUUUCUUUUAUACGGUCUUCUUUUUAAAAAAGGCAGAACUGUCAUGUGGCACCGGGGCCCUGUGCGCGUGGGGGACGCGGGGCGGAGAUGGGCUGGGGAGGUGGGACUCUUGAUUAUUCACUUUAAUAAAAAUGAACGAGUGCAGCGGGAGCUGUGUGUGUGUGGAAUGAACAGCAUGCGGGGGGGAGGGGGCCUGUGGCAUUGGCCUUCCGUUGCUGGGAGCCCGUUUCCACUAGUCCACUUAGCACUCAGCUGGUGAUCCGGCAGGGGUGCCCUUUAGCCAGUUUGGGCAUCUUUCCGGUGUGGGAUGGUGGGGAGGGAGGCUGAGCUAAGGCGAUUGCUGUCCCAACCCCUGGCGGGGUCCUGGGGCAUCGUCUGCUCUAGGCUGGGUGGGCUUGUUUCAGGAGUCACAUCUGCAUGAACGGAGCCCAUGCUGUUAAUCUGCCUCCAGAGGCAAGAACUAACUGUUGGGUCAGUGUUUCCUUCUCCUAGCCUGCGUGCCUUUGUUACCCCCUUCCCUGCAAUCCUCCCCUCAUCCUUGCCAGGCCAGCAUCUGCCUCUGACCCCAGAGAGGAAACCUGAGCAAGGGGCUCCCUGCCCAUCUGAUGCAUAGAGUUGGUCCAGCCACAGCUGCUCUCCUCCCCAGAGCUGAGAGAUGCUUGCAGGCCCAACAGGAGAGUUCUGCACAUGGAGAUGUGCAUCCUCGCUCCCUUUGCCUGCAGGGUGGGAACGCAUGUGGACAGGGCCAGGCUUUUGGGAUGUUCAGGGGCAGUGUCAUGGCAGCAGGGCCUGGGGGUGGUGAAUACCCAACCCUGGCCCGUGUCACAGAUGAUGCCCCAAUAUCUCCCUCUUGGUACUACGAGGCCGGGCCCAGCAGCGGUGAAGAUUCCUCUGGCGGUGGGGUUGGCUGUGUCCCCUGGGCUGUGCAGUAGGGAGGGAUGCAGUGGGGCAGGUUGUAGAGUAAGGCUUUGGCACAGGGCCCGUUCCCAACUGGGAAGAAGAUGGCUCCUGUUUGAUCCUACCCCAUAACGGAAGGUUUGAGAGUGGAAUUUGUUCCCCCUGCCCAGAUGUACAGACUCCAGCUGGGAACCUAGAGGUGGUGGAAAAAUCCAAGCAGGGGCCAAUGGGGGUGGUGCUGCCUGGUUUGCUCCCAGUCAGCUCCUUGGGGCUGGGUCUUGUCUGUCUGUCUGUCGGCACUGGACAUCCCAGGAGGAAGGAGCUGCUCCCAACAGGCAGGACUAGGAGGUGCUGUCCUGCAUUAGGCCUGUCUAGUUACAGUGAUGGCUCUGGGGCCAGCAAGCUGGCUGUUUGCAAAGCACCUGGCACCUCAGGGCUGCUGUAAUACAGUCUCAGGGCUGGCCCUCUGCCUGCCCCUCCCUUAUGAUCCCCAUGGCUGAGAGAGCCCUCACCCAGCAUGGGGAGUGGGGCUGGCUAAAGCAGUAACACACUAGAGGCUGCAGUCCAAGCGCCUCCCGCCACUGCAUGCAGGAUGCCACAGGCCACUGAGCGACCUGGGCCAGUGGCUGGCUUAGCUGCAUAUUUUAAUUUUGGGCUGACUUACGUUACUUUUUGGUAACAUGCCUCUGGGCUUUUUCCCUCCUGCUGAGCCCAAACGUGGUGCCAGGGCAGACAUAGUCAGUUACAUGCCCGCUUGGUAACAUCAUGUCAGGGAUACAGUGGGCCUGGGGCUGAGCGGGCUUGUCAGUGAAAUGGUCAUUCUCAGUACCAAUCUUCCAGGAGCCACGAGUGUAUUUUAAUUGGAAAAUUCUCUUCCUCCCCAGUUCUUUUCCUGGUAACUCAAGUAAACACGCCAGGAUUUAGGAGCCUCAAAUCUAAAGCAGCUCCACAGAAUUCCACACUGAGUUGAGGGAGAACAAAUGGGUCUGAGGGUUAUUUUUUCUGCAUUUGAUUUUCUUCCCACCCUCCCAAAUCUCCGCUGAGCUGCAGGAUGUUUUCCAUAUUGGCCCAGAUGCGCAAAGGUAUGCAGGUGCCCAACUCCCAUGGGGAGAUACACACCUCCAUACUUUUGAGGAGCUGUGCCUUGAAAGACUGUUGGAAGCCAGGUCAAUGCACAUGGGGUGGAGGAAUGUUUGUUAUGGAUUGUUGCCUCCCUACCCGGACAUGGGCAGAGGGAUAAGAAAGAGGGUGUUGAGCUUACCGAAUCCCCGUCCAACGAAGAUGGCAUGUGAUAGGCCUGCAGGCUGCAACCCUCAUGCCUUGAUGGGAUUGUUUGGUGUGUGUGUGUGUGUGUGUGUUGAUGCAUUUUCUAUCCACAGGCUGUCUCAGUUGAGAGCGUGUAGACCCCUCCCUACCCACACACACCUCCCUGUUUAAGGACAAUUCUGGCACAAACUGUGUAAUUUCUGUGACUCUUCUGUAUUUUUUAAACUUCCAAUAUAACAGUCAUAAUCCCCGUGUAGCUUUCAGUUUUCUUGAAAUAAACAUCUACUGCA